UCUGUACAAGGACAUCAUGAUGGAGGAUCACCAGCUGCUUACAUCACCAGAUGACUGUACCAGAAUCUCAGACGGGCAUGUGACAUCUUCAGAUUUUAAAACAGAGGAUUAUGCUAUUACACAAAAUACAAGUGAAGAACAUGCCAUAAUCCCAGAUGUACCCUCAGGUCUUCUCAGCAAAGAUUCAUCAUGUGAUUCUUUUAAAUAUGUCCAAUCUUCUGAUUUAUCACAGAUUGCAAAGGAACAGAAAAGCCACAAAAUGGGUGUUGAACAUCAAGCAGAGGAGAAGCCGUUUUCAUGUUUGCAAUGUGGAAAAUGUUUUAAACAUAAUUCUGCUCUUGUUAGACAUCAGAAAAUUCACACAGGGGAGAAGCCAUAUUCAUGUCCAGAAUGUGGCAAAUGCUUUACAGAUAAGUCACAUCUUCUUAGACAUGAGAGUAGUCACAGAGGAGAGAAGCCAUAUUUAUGUUCAGAGUGUGGGAAAUAUUUUAGCCAGAAAUCAGAUCUUGUUAGACAUCAAAUAACACAUACAGGGAAAAAGCCAUUUUCAUGUUCAGAAUGUGGAAAAUGUUUUACAAACAAAACAAAUCUUGUUACACAUCAGAGAAUUCACACAGGGGAGAAGCUAUUUUCCUGCCUAGAAUGUAAGAAAUGCUUUACUCAUAAAUCAUAUCUUGAAAAGCAUUUAAAAAAUCACACAGGAGAGAAGCCAUAUUCAUGCUCAGAAUGUGGGAAAUGUUUUACAGAUAAGUCAUAUCUUGUUAUACAUAAAAGAAGUCAUACAGGAGAGAAACCGUAUUCAUGUACAGAGUGUGGCAAAUAUUUUAUCCAGAAAUCUGAUCUUGUUAGACAUCAAGUAACUCACACGGGGGAGAAGCCUUUUUUGUGUUCAGAAUGUGGGAAAGGUUUUGCUCAGAAGUCAACCCUUGUUUGUCAUCGAAGAACUCACAGAGCGGAGAAACCUUUUUUAUGUUCAGAAUGUGGAAAAUCUUUUAAUUGUAAAUCAAAUCUUCUUAAUCAUCAUAAAAAUCAUACAGGGGAGAAGCCAUAUUCAUGUUCAGAAUGUAGGAAAUGUUUUAAAGAUAAGUCAUAUCUUCGUAGACAUGAGAGUAUUCACACAGGUGAGAAGCCAUAUUCAUGUUCAGAGUGUGGGAAAUAUUUUAGCCAGAAAUCUGAUCUUGUUAGACAUCAAGUAACUCACACAGGGAAAAAGCCUUUUUCGUGUUCAGAAUGUGAGAAAUGUUUUACUAAGAAGUCAACCCUUGUUUGUCACAGAAGAACUCACACUAGAGAGAGAAGAGACUUUCUUGUUCAGAAUGUGAAAAAUGUUUCACAGAUAAAUCAUAUAGAAACAUAGAAUGUGUCAGCAGAUAAUAACUAUUUGGCCCAUCUAGUCUACCCAAUAUACUGAAUACUAUGAAUAGC